AUGGCGGCGGUCGAUUUGCCAGCCAUCCGACGGCGUCUCUGCGCAUUGGACGCGACCGAUCGUCGACAGGGCGUUGCGCGGUUGACCAAAGCGAUCGCAUCGCAGCGCGUGGCAGCGGAGGCCGCACUGCAGCUGCUGAUCGAAGUCAUCACCACUGGAACUGCUGCUACUGGUGCUGGUGCUGCUACUGGAGCUGGAGCAGGCGCAGGCGCAGGCGCACGAAGGCCGCAAACCCAGUCGUCGUCAGCUGAAGACAGCUCCGAUCUGCUGCUGCUGCUGGAGCGCUUUGACGAGUCGUACCAGGCUGUGCAUGCUGCCAAUACAAGCCGCAAUGCCGUUGCUGCGCUGGAGCAGCUGGUCUGGGACGCACAGCUCAUCUCGCCGGCGACGGCUGUCAAUGCCAUUGGCGCAGCGCUCGUUUCAACGUCAAACCCUUCACGCAUAUUGCUGUGUGCGCUGACGGACAUGCUCGCGAGGAUGCUCGAGCACUUUGCACUUGCGUUGCAUUUCUCGCCACGCGACGGCCAGCAAGCACCGUCACAUCAGCAGCCGUUCGAUCGGCUCGUGCACCGCCAUCCGUACGUUAUUCUGCUUGCCGCCCAUCCAUCGCUCUCGUUGGAUGUCUUGAUGGAGUGUGAGCGAUUUACCUCGAGGGUGCCUCGGGACGCGCGAUUGUCACAAGUCCAAUACCGUGCCGUUGCAAUGCACACACUCGAGCUUGUCACCGAGAACAGCCUGCAGCUGUUUGAGCAUGACGCCCCGGCCUAUGCGCGAUUGUUGCUACGGCACUCGGCAACACUUGCUGCGUCUGUCGCGUUCUUGCUCAACCAACUCGAAUCAUUGCCGCUGCUUACCGCAGCCCACUUGUCGCUUCACCUCGAGGUGACUCGCGAGGUUGUAUUUGCCCUGUCUGGUGCCGACUGCGCCUCAGAUACGCCCUUCUAUGCUCUGAUGCUGUACACGUUGCGGCUCUGUUACGCUGCAAGUGAAUUGUCGCAUAAUAUCGCGAUCGUUGUCAGCCUCACCCGCCAAAUUUCUCUGCUCGCCAAGCUUGCUGCUACUACUACCUUGCCUCACGAGCAGAAUUUGGCCGCUGCUGUUGCUGCCGCGGCUUGCUUUACGACUCUUCUGGUGAGUGAGCCCAGUGCUCAAGAAAAUCUCACUUUUGUGGCGUUGCGCGCCAUCCAAUUCCUCACGAGGGAGGGUUCUGCCAUCAAUGCGUUUUCUGCGCGCCUGCUUCCGUUGAUGGCCUGUUCGGUUGUCCCGCUUCUUUCCUCCUCCAGCCUUGUGUUGGCUCGACAAGCCGCGGAUGUCAUUCAGCAAACGUCCAGUGUCCACCCACAAGCACGACAGGCAACCUCCAUUUCGCUGGAGUUGCCCCCAAUUUUGGCCGCGCACUCUGUUGGACUGUUUCGCGAGCUGUUUUUGGUAGCACUGCAGCCCGAACGACUUGCCGCGCCUUUGGUGGACUAUCAUCUUCAGGCGCCUUCUUCCUCUUCUUCUUCUGCUGCUACCCCGCACGCACUGCAGCUGCUGCAGGCUGUGGCCCUCUUCUCGCAGUUCCAGUUUGCUCCGUCGACCGAUGUGACGACCGCACUGCUGCGUAUCAUGUUGGCGAACGACGCCGCGCUCUGCCAGACGCAUGGCCCGUUUGUGUUGUCCUCGUGUUUGUAUGUGCUUGGGCAUGCCGAGAAGUGGGCCGUUCCUCCUCCGGUUCAGCAUUCUGUCAUUUCACGCGUCCUACCUCAGAUUGCCAAGUUUUCUCCCUCUUGCGCGCCAGCCAUUGUUGGCUUUGUGGAAGGCCUGGAGGCUGCCAACCCCGCUCUGGCCAUUCGCGUCCACGCGACUCUCUGCCAGGAAAACCCUCGAUUGCUUCCGCACUUUGUCACAAAACUCUCGCGCCGUGCUCCUGCUGCGGCCCCAAAUCCUUUUGGCGACGCGUCUGUCGACCUUGCCGUCGCAUCAUGCUUUGCCGAGAUUGCACGUACGCACGCAGUUCAACACGGUGCGAUGCUCAUCCCGCCGACCAAUGCGUUGUUGGCGAGCGCCGUUCGGCAGUUUGGCGGCGGGGCCACUCGGCAGCUGGCCGCGUCAACCGCUGCUCUCGGCAUUGUUACGUUGUCGCGACUCUGUCUUGCAAGAGAAGUCGACAUUCGCAGCGUCUGGCGUGCUUUGCGGCACGACUUGCUCAACUUGGCGACGCCUGCUAUGGCCGCCGCGCUGCCCGAAACCGUUGCCUCUGCCGUGAGCGAGUUCCUUGGCAGUCUUCCCGAAAUCUACACGCUGUCAGCGUUGACGACUGUUGUUCUUCCCGAGAGCACGGCAGUUUCUGCCUCCAGCACAAUCAGUGUCACCUCGGCAUCAACCGUCCCGAAUAUCAUCAAUCCGUUGGAAUUGAAAUCGUUUGUGUUUGACGCAAUCCAGCACCUGUGGCCGAUCGCGACAACACACAGCAGCCACCACGCACGUCAGGCGGCCUUCCGAGCAUUGGCAACCUUUGAUGUGCAACUUCUCGUCGAGUGUUUGCACUUCCACGUGCCUCCAGCGCCUCUUCCCUCCGCAGUGAAGGGUGCUGCUGCUGCUGCUGCUGCUGGUAGUAGCAAUCCAUCACACGACGACAGCAGCAUCGAAUCAACCGGCUCGGCGCAGUCAUUAGAGCUCGAUGGCCAAGUCCUCAUGCAAAUGUUGCAAUUGACUGGCUCGGUCUCUGCCGCCGGUCCGCUCCUCGCCCGAUUGUUGCGCGAUAGCGCGGCUACACUGCCGCGCUCGGUCCAGUCCACCAAGGCCAAAAACGCCGAUCUACACGACCGCAAGCUGGCCAGUACGUUUGAGCACAUUCAAGCGGGAUUUGGUUCAAACACCACCAGCCCGCAACUCAAGAGCGGAUUUGCUGCCGCGCUUCUCUUUACUUGGGAAGCGCGCCUUCCAGCAACGUUAGCAUCCUGUCCAGAGGGGUCUUCUGAACUAUUGGCGCUGUCGUCUGCGCGAACGGUUGCCAACUUGUUGGCACUGACUGGAAUUUCUCGAAACUUGGGCUCCACGCUGGCCACACUCCGCGAGCUUCUUGGCAGCGCAGUGUUGCCCGUUGAGGAUCUUGCAACCAGACUCCAGCUUGUUCAGGGCUGGGGCGUGUUCAUUUCCCGCGUUUUUGCCUUCUGCGUUGAUGUGGCGACUGCCGUGGUUGGCGUGGCUCUGUCACCGAUGCAGAUUGGCACGCUCAUUACCGAGUUGCUCUUCCAAACAGUGUGCGAAGUUGCAUCCAAGUCGGCCAUUCACGAGGCCAAUGCCAUGCUUUCCAUUGCCUGGCUCGGAUAUGUGGGUGCUAAAUCGACUCAGGAUUUAACCACAACGAAUGUGGCACUCGCGCUCGGCGUUCGCUUCUCAGCGGCAGGCGUCCCUGCGAGUGUGGUGGAGGGCACAGAGCGGUUUCUCCCCAACAGCUCUCGUUCAGGGGUCCAGACUUGGGGACGUCAGCAAGGCGGUCUCCUGCUUUCGUUUGCCGCCAGCAUCGCAACCAGCGUGAGCUGGCUUGCAACCAUGCAGUUUGGGGCCCUCGCAGAUGGCGCCUCGCAUGUAGCAAUGUCGGCUUUGCAGCAUCUCAUCCAGGUUGCUGCUGCUGCUCCCGCCAAAGUGGUACACGCUCAACAGCACGCCGACGAAUCUUCUGCCUGGACGCAGCUUGCAGCUGCCAGCAGUCUCUGGAUUCUUACCACGGCCUUGACAAAUCCCGUCUCUGUCGCCGCGCUCCCAACCGUCCUCGCGCCAAACGCGAUCGCAGUAUUGCUCGAGUCGGCUGCAACGACGCUCGAGCGAGUUUCCUCGUGCCUUUGCAACGAGGCACCAAUCAACGGUACUCGUUCCGAUGAAGCAGAGACGGCACGCCUGGCGUCCGUGCUGAGUCUGCACGCAAGUUCCACGAUCUGCCUGCUGCUUGCUCGCCAGUAUUCUGCUGAUAGUCCAGCGCGCUCAAGCGCAAGCAUCCAAAGCAUUUGCCAAGCCGCUCGCUCAUGGUUGGCGGUUUGGCAGCGAAAAGGCACCGCUUCCGAAGCAUGGGCGCUGGCUCAGGAAAGCGACUAUCUGCUGGUGUUAGUCCUGGCCGGAACUGUUCGCAUGCUUGAUGCUCCGACUGUCCCAGAGCUUGCAGAGUCGAUCUCCGCUUGUUCUCGGGGCGUCUCCGAAUUUUGCGCCCAAAUGGCGCCGCUUGCAGUCUUGCAUCCUUGGCUGGGGCUGGCGAUUGGAUGCUCGCCUCUCGAGGGCUCUGUGGCCACGCGCUUGAGGGUCCAACUUUCCGACGCGUUGGAUCCAGCGCAGCCGGUACCAGCCAACACUUCCAUUGUAUCGUGCGUCGUUGGCCUAGCCACGCUCACGCGCGUUCAUCCGCUUGCACCCAACUUUUUCCCUUCCUUGUGGGCAAAGGAACUGGCAGCUUCAUCGUCCACGGCCCAGCUGGAACAAGCUCUGGAGUUGCUGCCCGCUUUACGUCGCCUUGCCGAUUCCCACCCCGACUUGUCCUUGCGAUUUGCUGCAAUGGCUGCGCUCGGUGUCGUGGCUGCCACAAUCCGACUCGGCUUUGGCCCUGUCUUCCAUUCCGUCGUGCUGUCUCAAGCCCUCGCCGGAGUGUCAGACACUGCUCUGCCCACGGAUUACGACUAUCUGCCUGCUGCGAGUCUGCUGCGCAACGUCGUGCAGUGCAUUGCGCAAGCAGGUAGUAACACGGCGGCGGCUGUGAAGGAUUCGAUCGCGUUGCUCGACGUUCUUGCCUCGGUGGACGCCGCCUUCCCACCGCUCGAGUGGACCAGCCUCGCGCGACACUUGGCUCAAUCCGUGUUGACGUCUCCAGUCCCCGAAAUUGUGGCCUUUGCGGCUCCCUUGGCCGGGACGCUACUGCGCGUUGGAUCGUGCCAGGCGGCGUACUCGUCUGGCGGUUCUGCGCUUGCACUCUUUGUGUUUGACGAACUCAUCCGUUACGUACCGACGGAUGUGCUGCACGAUUUUAUUGAAAAGCAGUCCUUGCGUUUCUUUGAGGCGCUUUCUCCGUCUCUGCAAGCUCGCUGGUUGACUGGCGUUUCCAUCUGGCUCUCGACGACCAAGUUCAACGAUACGCAGCUUUUGACUUUGUUUGUCGACGUCACGCUGGGCGCUGCGCUGGAUUCAUCCAAGAGCCGCCCACAGAGCGUCAUCGCGGCUGCCCGACAAGCUCUGAAAGCCGUUCUGGGCUGCGUCUCGGCCGACCGACUGUCUGUCAGCCACUCCUUACUGCGGGCGAUCGGUUGCAGGCUGGCUGGCAAUGUUGAGGAAGCGACGCGUACAUUUACAGAGCUCGCCGUUCCCGAAAUCGUCAGAUUGGCGACACUUGCGUCCAUUGCGGUUGCUGCUUCGGCGGCGACGGGCACCCCGGCCAUUUUGGCCCAACUUGCUGAGCUGGUCGUGCUGGAGAGCAGCCAGGAGCAUGGCCCAUCGCUGGAGGAGACGGUCAAUGUUCUCGGCCCGGCAAUCAGCUGUCUUCCACUUGGCGCGCGUUUGGCCUGGAUGCGCCAAUUGCUGGCCGACAUUACGAUGCGAUCAAAGCAAGCCGGUUUUGGAGCAACUUUACUGCGCCUUUUCAGUCUAUUAACCCUCACCACCUCAUCCUGUGUGCUACCAGCGCUUGGCGCACCAACUUUGGACGCGUUUCCUUCUUCAUUGAGUUUUGCCUACCAGAUUGGGCGAGUGUCGCGCGACGUGGUGAUUUCUACUGUCGACAACCUUCAUGUCACGUUGCAGCUGCUCCAACAACGCAAUGACACCGAGUGUGUGCGGAUUUGUCAGUUGCUUCGAGUUGCAUUGCGCGAGAUGGGUCAUCUCCCUGCAAUGCCACGACAGCGUUGGUUGAUUACUGUUUCCCGUGCAUCAGAGAUGCUCCCUUGAUAUCUUUUUGGUGACUGUGCGUGAAUAAGUAGUGCUUGUGUAUUUUAGUCAUGUGAGCAUUCAAUCCAAUUAG